GAGCUCCCACUCUAGUCCACGCCAGCCCUUGUUGUUGUUGCCAUGAGGACGAUGAGGCAACAGAGGGAGUGAGCGGCAGCAGGAGAGGAUGCUCUCGUUAUUUCAAGUGCUUCUGUCUGAAGCGGCUUUCAUGUAGAAGGAGCUUCUUUAAUCCACUCUUCCUGGACACUGAACACUGGAGGCAUGUACGUGAAGAUGAUCUACAGGACAGAGAUAAGGCGCCGCUAGGCCUACAAUGAUGUGAUACUCUGUCAACUUGAUGGUUUCGGAAGGCGACUCUCUUUUAUCCAAGAGGCAGGUCACCAGAUGAGUUCUGGGAUAGGAGUCGACCGAGGACUGAGCCGGGCAGCUGUGUAUCUGUUGGCAGCAGGGCUGGCAUUUACAUCAGAAACCCGAUGGCCGUGUCCUCAGACCUGCCGGUGCAGCAGCGUGGAGCUGGAGGUGAACUGCUCCUUCAGCCAGCUCGCCUCUUUGCCUGAUGGUCUCCCCAAAGACUUUCAAACAUUCAAUCUAAAGCAUAAUUCACUGAAAGCUCUGGUGAAGCAACAGUUCCAGGCCUUGACUCAACUUCUGAACUUAGAUCUAAGUUAUAACCGCCUGGUUCUGAUCGAGGUGGAGGCCUUCCUUGGCCUGCAGAGCUUGCGCUCUCUAUGUCUGGCCCACAAUCAGCUGAAGAUCCUCUCGGUGGGGGUGUUCGCUGGUUUGUCCAAACUGCAGUUUCUGGAUGUGAGCCACAAUGAGAUCCUUGUGUUCCUUGACUUCACAUUUCGAGACUCAGCCGCUCUCCAAGUUAUUCAAGCAGAGGAUAAUGAUUUUGUGUUCAUCGCGGACCGAGCUUUUUCUGGGCUGACCCGUCUCCAGGAACUUCACCUAGAUGCCUGCAAUCUCACCGCUGUGCCGACAGAGGCCCUCGCUCCACUCCGUGCCCUUAAAAGACUGAACCUGCAGCAGUUUGGUCCCAACAGUCUUCCAAACUUCUCCUUCCGUCAUCUUGAACGCCUGAAGGAGCUGCUGAUAACCGACUGUCCCUGGCUGGACACAUUAUUUGCAAACAGCCUCUUUGGACUGAACCUGACCUCCCUCACGAUCACCAACUGCAACCUCAGCGCUGUGCCAUAUGCCCCCCUGAAUCAUCUGGUAUACCUGGUGUACCUUGACCUGUCUUUUAAUCCCAUCACCUACAUCCAAGGAAACAUGCUCGGAGACUUGUUGCGUCUUCAGGAGUUCCACCUGGUUGGAGGGUCCCUGCUGUACAUAGAGCCUGGAGCAUUGAGGGGCCUUGUGAUGUUGAAAUCCUUGAAUGUGUCGAAGAACUUUUUAACCACACUUGAGGAGGGGGUUUUUCAUUCCGUGGAAUCACUCCGAAAUCUUGGACUUGAUGGCAACCCGCUUGUGUGCGACUGUCGUUUGCUUUGGAUGGCGUGGCGCCACAUUUUUCUGAGCUUUGGCGGAUCUUCGCCCACAUGCUCGACUGCUGUGCAAGAGUGGAAUUUUCUCGACUUUUCACAGUCUGAGCUUUCAGGUUUACUCAUUUGCCAGCGCCCUCGGAUUCUGAACCACAACUCUCAACAGGUGCGAGUAGAUCAGGGGCACACGGUGGUGUUAUUCUGCAACGCUCAAGGUGACCCGACGCCAUCUCUCACGUGGUAUAACCCGCAACUGAGAGUCUUGUCACCGGUGGGUCGAAUUCGGGCGCUGGCUAAUGGUUCCCUGGAGGUCAGAUACGCACAACCCCAGGACCGAGGCGUGUACAUCUGCAUCGCAUCUAAUGCAGCUGGAAACGACAGCCUCUCCGUCAGCCUCCUAGUCCGGGGUUUCGCGUCGCCUCCCAAAAACCCCUUUCUUCUCAAAGAUUGGUUGGUGUUGCCAUCGGCUGCUCCAGGUGUGAAUAAAACCCAGAGAAUCCCAUUCGAUAUGAAAACUCUUCUGAUAGCAGCGUCCAUCGGGUUUGUGUCUUUUUUCAGCGCUGUGAGUGUAUGUUUUAUCUUCAUGGUUUUGUGGAGCAAAAGCAAAGGGCAAAUAAAACACACAGCCACCAUUGCUUAUGUACCACGCAGCACCGUGUCAACAAGUCAUGCAGGCACAAGCAACUUUAUGGAGACGAGCAGGUUCACCAUGAAACUGAUAUGAGUCAUUUGUGAGCAACUAUACUUCAGCACUUGCAUGCUUCUUUACAGCUCAAUCAUGGGUUUAGCUUGAGCCUACGUGCACUAAGUCGACUGUAACUGGCUCUGUACAUUGUUGUGAAACUUCAUGAAGAUAACCAGAGCAUAGCCUGCAUGCAGUAUUUACCCAAUGAAUGCAUUAUAAGACACCACUCAUUCAAUACUUCACUGUAAGACCAGUAUAUUUCACUAAAUGAACUUCACUGUUUUUACUUAUCAAUGUUUCUGCUGAGUAUUAACCUUAAAUUAAGGUUCUCAUGCUCAAUUUCUGCAUGUUAUUUACCAUUGAUUUCUCCGAUAUCUGGAACUGAAAUUUAUAUCCUGCUUUUAUAAUCGGAAAUAAACACUUUGCUUUAUGAUAGGCCACAUGCAAUAAAGUUGAAAAAUAUUACCCCACAGUGUGUUGAAUUUAUAAAUGCACAUUCAAAA